AUGGCCAUUUUCACAUCCAAAUUAAAGAUGGCGAGACGAGUGAUGCGUGCGAUGUCUUUGCUUCGUCAGACGAGAGUUUCAACUGCGCGUCGUAUGUUUUCGGAUGCACCACCUUCUAGCAAACGCACUGAAAAAUUUGGGCCAGUUACGUGGACUGGAUUGGCACUUGCAGGGGUUGUAAGCAGUGGUGUUGUGUACUAUUACUACACGGAGAAAGAUCGUUUACAAACUCAAUCUACGUCUAAAGUGACGUCAGUGGGUAAGCCGUUACUAGGUGGACCUUGGACACUUGUGGACUGUGACACGAGACGUGCUGUAACGGACGCAUCGUUUCGUGGCAAGUACGCGUUGCUAUACUUUGGCUUUACGCACUGCCCCGAUAUUUGCCCGAAUGAGUUGGUGCGCAUCGGUGACGUGCUUGACAAGUUGGAAGCUGAGAAUUGCCCCGAGGUUGUGCCGCUGUUUGUGACUGUAGACCCGAAACGUGACACCAUUGCACAGAUGCAGAUCUAUAAGGCUGACUUUCAUCCAAAGUUCAAGAUGCUCACGGGUACACGUGAUCAGAUAGCAGAAAUCGCCAAGGCUUACCGUGUAUACUUUUCCAAGGCGGAUGAAAACGACGAUGACGACGAUGAUUACUUGGUCGAUCACUCGAUUGUGAUGUACCUUGUCGGCCCGGAUGGCGAAUUCCUGGACUUUUUCACGCAAGCUGCCCGUGUUGACGACAUUGCAGCAAAGAUCAAGACGUAUUUUUAA